CGGCCCGGUAAGGGUUGCAUCAGACUCCCGCUCAGCUUGCUACACGCCCCUCGCAUCCAAGAUUAGCUCCAGCGGGGUUCGGACAUCGCGCUCGGCCGGCCAGUGGUGUUUCACGCGAUCGUGUCUGCUUGAAAGGUGGCAUUAGAGUAGAUCUUUGUGUUUCUGAGGGGUGAAGCGAUUUCAGUUUUUGCUAGUUUCUUGAGCACUGUUUCCCCCUGCCUGGAAGCGCGUUCAGCUGUUGUUCCGAGUUGCUUUGUCGACGCAGGAAGGACGAAAAUGGCGCACGUGUUGAGUGAACAGCUUAGAGCAAUUCUCUCUCCCUUUUGGGCUAGAAAUACUGUGUUGAGAAGGCCAUCAUUUCAUCAUAUACGAGGAAUAUCAACAACAUCAUCCCAAAAAUGCUUAGACCAGCAAGCAUCCAUAAAGACUGCUACCUCCAUCCAGACAUCAUAUGGCCAGCCAUUCAGUUCCACACACCCGCAUCUCAUGAAAGAGGGGGAGGUGACACCCGGCCUCUCGUCUGACGAGUACUGCAGCCGGCGUCACCGGCUGAUGGAGCUGCUGACCCAGCAGAUGGCUGCCGCCCAGCCACGCCACCAUGUGGUGAUCGUGCCGGCAGCGCGGAUGGCCUACCUCUCUGAGGACAUCCCGCACCCAUUUCGUCAGAACACCGACCUGCUCUACCUGAGUGGCUGCCAGGAGCCAGACACGGUGCUGGUGCUGCACUCUGUGCCCGGCCGGCCGGCGCCGGCGCACACCAGCGCGCUCUUCGUGCAGCGCAACACGGCGCACCGUCAGCUGUGGGAGGGCGGCUGCACGGGCCCGGCCGCUGCGCCGCAGCUGCUGGGCGUCGACGAAGCGCGCGCCGCCGCCGAGCUGCAGCGCUACCUCGAGUGCCUGGCAGCCGACUUCGCUGGCGCGCGCGCCGCCGUCUGGUACGACUUCCAGGCAGACCUGCAGGCGCCGCUCAAUGCCACCGUGCGUGACUUCGUCGGCGCGCUGAGCGGCGCCGGCCUUGAGUCGCCGCGCCGUGCCGUGCAGUCGCUGCGCCUGCUCAAGUCGCCGGCCGAGCAGCGGCUGAUGCGGCGCGCGGCACGCUGCGCCGCCGCCGCCAUCCGCGACGCCAUGGCCGCCUCGCGGCCCGGCGUCGGCGAGCACGAGCUGUACGCGCGCGUCGACUUCGGCGCGCGCAUGCGCGGCGCUGAGCGGCUGGCCUACCCGCCCGUGGUGGCCGGAGGGGAGCGCACCAACGUCAUCCACUACACGCACAACAACCGCACGGUGGAGGACGGGCAGCUGGUUCUCAUGGACGCAGGCUGCGAGCUGCACGGCUACUGCAGCGACAUCACGCGGACGUGGCCCGUCAAUGGCACCUUCUCCAGCGACCAGCUGCUCCUCUACACCACUCUGCUGGAGGUGCAGGAGGCGCUGAUUGAGGUGGUAAGGACGUCCCGGCCCACUCUGGACGGCCUGUACGGUCACAUGUUCCGCAUGCUGUCGGAGCGACUGGCCCACCUCGGCCUGGUCGGAUUCAACCGGGAGAAGGGAGAACUGUUCAGGUCGGUGCAGCGCUUCUGCCCACACCACGUGGGCCACUACCUCGGCAUGGACGUGCACGACACCGGCCUCAUGCCCAAGAACCGGCCGCUGCAGCCGGGCAUGGUCAUCACCGUGGAGCCAGGUCUGUACGUCUCGCCUUCGGACACCAACUGCUCGGAGGGCUUCCGCGGCAUGGGCUUCCGCAUCGAGGACGACAUCCUCAUCACGGAGGAAGGCUGCGAAGUGCUCUCGGCCGACUGCCCCAAGACGGUGGAGGCCAUCCAGGCGGCCGUCGGAAGCGGCGCGCACCUGCCAACGUUUUCAGGCGUUUGAUGUCGUUGGCACGGCUACCCGCCAGGGGGCCAACCGGCAGGCGGACACGGAAGGGUAGCUAGCGGGUGGUUGGCCGUAUACAGCGCGUGGUUGGGGUCUGGUCCUCGCGCGUGACGAGCCUGUUAUCUCAGGGCCGGGUGCGGCGCGCGUCGGACCGGUGCGUGGUGUAUCUGUGAGUGCAGCGUGACUCGAAGAGACGGCGCUUAGAGCAUAUGGUGUGCGAACGGACAGUGGAGCGAUAGACGGCGCCCCGUUUUGAAAGUCUGCGGUCUUGCAGGCUCAAGUUAUGCGUGCUGCGACGGUCCUGCUCGUUCUAUUGCUCCCGACGGUCUUCUGACGGUCGGGCGUGGCCUUUGUACUUUUGAUAACCCACCUAAUCAAACGUCUCCUGUUGACUUACUGUUUUAUGCAGUUGCUGACGUACAAAACUAUCGCGGACGUGCCCAUACGAAGGAUGAAUGGGUAUUAUCGCACCGUGAUGGCUGACAUUCGUUGUAUCGGGAAGGGUGUAUAAACCAGAGGCUUUGGUGGAUGUUCUCUCAUUGUAGCUGUGGGUGCAGGGAAGUUGGCCCUGUUCUUAAAAUGCAGGCUGUUUGUUUGAUAAGCCAUAAAUAUACAUGCUAUCGAUUCA